CCAUUUAUAUCAUAAUAAAUACUGUUAUUUCUAAUAAAGUAUACUAAUUAUUAUCAACAUAGUCAUAAUUGUCCACUAAACAACAUUAACGUCCACAAUAGAAAAAAAAUAAUCUUAUAGCAUCCGUAUCAGUUUGAGUAAGUAGGUAGCUAUCCCCUCUUGCGACGUGCCUUGUGAUCAUUAAUUGGGCACAUUUCUGCAGCUGACUGCCUCUUCUCUUCCAACCUGUCUUCCGUAGUCCCCAGGUUGGCAUCAUCUCCCACAAAUCAAUGCUCAUUUAUCCUUUUCUCUUCCCUUUAUAGACAUCUCAAUUCCAACCUCUUAGGCAAGCCAUCUAUCUCAGUAGCAAACUUGGUAGUUAGCUAACAUCCGUAGCCAAUGAACCCAUAAUGCUGACAUAAUCGAAGCUCUACGGAAUGGGGAUCUGCAGCUCCUGCGAGGCGACGUCGAUCAUCGAGACCCCAACGGCCAAGCUGGCGCUAACCGACGGCAGCCUACAAGAAUACGACCGACCAGUGAAGGCCUCGCACGUGCUGCGACAGAAGGACGAGUUCGUGUGCGACUCGGACGAGAUGGAGUUCGACGGGUUCAUGUCAGCGAUGGACUCCAACGAGUAUUUACAAAUGGGUCAGUUGUAUUUCCUUUUACCGAGGUCAAUGCUGAAGAGGCCUUUGCACGCUGAGGAGAUGGCUGCGCUUGCGGUCAAGGCUAGCUCGGCGCUGAUGAGGGCCAGGUCGUACCAUUUUGGGAGUAGUUUAGCGGUGGCGCCGGUGGUGGACUUUCCGACGAUCCAACCGAGAAAUAAUAUAACGACGGAAGCGGAGCAUACAACGGUGGCUGCGAUGGCUAAGCGUCGGAGACGGCGGAGGUCUGGUAGUGGUGGGAGUGGGCGAAGUUUUGCCUCAAGUUUGGGUUCGAUUAUGGAGGAGAUUGUGGAGGAGUAGGAGUACAUCUAGCUAGAAUUAAUGCUAAUAUAUAGACAUUUUAUUUAUUUUUAAGGAUAAAUUGCAGAUAAUGUUAUUAGAUAUUUAUUACCGCUCU